AUGCAUCCCACCACCACAGAACACGACUACCGCUUUCCGCGAAGACCCGACAACCACCACCAGCAGGUCGCGACCGACGACCUCUCGACCGGCUCCAGCCCGCACCCCGGCCUCGGCGUCGCCAACUCCCCUAGUACCGCCUCCCAGUCCUCCCGCGCCCUCGACCUCGAGAGGUCCUUUGCCAAGCACGACCAUCUUCUCGGCGAUGCGCUCUUUCCCACCCUACGCGACGCCGACGGCCCUGGAGCCGCCAACCUCGACCAGAUGCAGUCCGACGAUCCCCUCGCCGCCCAGGUCUGGAAGUUCUUCACCAAGACUAAGCAGAAUCUUCCCAACCAGCAGCGCAUGGAGAACCUCACCUGGCGCAUGAUGGCUCUUAGCAUGCGCAAAAAGCAGCAAGAGCAGCGCAGUCGAGAAAACAGCAUCUCCCGCCCAGGUGCCCAGUCCGGCCCUAGUGGAAUUGCUCAACUUCGCAAAUCCUCUCAGGCCAACUCUACCGCCACUGCCCAAAACCCGGAUCAGAUGAACAUUGACGAGUUCAUCUUUCCAGAGCAAACCAGCUCUCCUGGUGCCUUUGCUUCCCCUCAGAUACCUGCAAACCCACCCCCCGCCCAGCCCUCGGGUAUUCCCAUCCACCAGCAGCCGAGAAGCGAAGGCCUCGGUAGCGCUUUUGUUCCACAAUCUGUCCCCGAUGCGCCUCACCUCCAGCAUCGCGACCGCAACGAGUUCAACUACGUCCAGCGCCACGUUCGCAAGACUAGUAUAGAUGACCGCCAGACGAGAAAACGCCCUGCCAACUUUUCUCCCCACAUCAAUGCUGUCGGUGCGCCGAAUGGCGCUGCUGGUCGUGAAUUCGACAACGAUGGAGACAUCCACGGCUAUUCCCUCGACGGCCACGCUCAGAUGAACAUGCCUCAGCAGCUUCCCAUCGACCAGUUUGGCCUCGACUUCAUGCCCAACGACAACAUGAUGAACAACUCGCAAUUUCAGCAGAACUUUGGCUUUUCUCCCUCCACGUCACCCAUGGUCUCUAAUGGUCCUCUCUCCUCCUUUAAUAACUCCAUGGCGCCAUCCUCGCUCAACACCACCGACUUUUACUCGCCACCAGCCUCCGGCUACCCCUCUGCUGUAUCGACCCCGCAUGGCAUGGGCGACAAGGACAACUUUGCCUUUAGUCCACAAGAUGCCCGUCAGCACGGCCAGGGCUUCCAGCAGCAGAACAUGAACCAUCAAUUUAUGUACAACGACCCCAACGGCAACCCCAUGUACGGCUCCAUGGCUCAGGGACAGUCCUUCAAUCAGAUGGACCACUCUCAAGCUAUGCACCCUGAUGGUGGACUUGUGUCGCCCACCAUUCCCAUGAACCAAGAUGGACUGUUCUCUUUUGGUGGUGAUUCAGACGAGGAUGAUGGAAGCAAUGGCAUGAAUAACAUGCAGGGCGAUUUCACCGCCGCGGUUGAUGAAGUAAACUCCUUGGGAUGGGACGCUUCACUGCCUGGCCAGUUCAGCACGCACUCGGCACGGUAUCCAGGCGGGCCGCCGCGUAAGCAAGUCGUUAUUGGCGGCACAACCACCGACUACGUCGAGUCCAAUAACGAAGACGGGGCUAGCGGCUUGGGAAGAUCGCAGUCGUUCAAAUCAUCCGGCCCUCGACAGCCGAAGCUGCCGCGAACCGCUUCAACGCCGUCUCACAUGGCGUCCAAGCAUAACGGGUUCGAACAGAUCGCGCAGUCAUUGCCCACCUCACCACAUGGCGAAGUCGCUGGUAACAUGUCCGGCUUCUCCUCAGUGGCCCCCAGCCGGCCCUCCUCUCCACCGUUGUCAAAGCCCGGCUCGACAUCGAACUUGCAGGCCGCGGCUGGCAACCAUACCGAAGGCGGCAACCCCACGACCUGCACCAACUGUUUCACGCAAACGACCCCGCUCUGGCGACGAAAUCCCGAAGGCCAACCACUGUGUAAUGCUUGCGGUCUGUUUCUGAAGCUCCACGGCGUCGUACGACCUCUGAGUCUAAAGACGGACGUUAUCAAGAAGCGUAACCGUGGCUCCGGUACCAGUGGCGGCGGGCGGGGUAAGAAGGGUGCAAGCUCUGCUGCCGCCUCGCGCAAAAACUCAUCUCUUUCCAUUGCCAACUCGGCGCAGUCUGGACAGCAGACACCCACAAACCCAUCUACUCAGCGCCCUGGCACAAGCCACAAGGAGGAGAGCCCCGCGUCCGCCAGUAGCAGCCAAUUUGGAGCACAGGCAGCCGGUGGCAAAGGUGUAGUGCCUAUUGCUGCCGCUCCCCCCAAGUCAUCGCCUGGCCCAGGCGCAUCAGCCUCGGCCAUGCCCCUGGCUCGGCCUUCUGCUAAUGCCUCUUCGAAACGACAACGCAGACACAGCAAGAGUGAAGGCACCUCCACAGCCAUGGAUAUUGACAGCGGUUUCCCGGGCCCCAAUGACGGCGCUAGGUCUCUCGGCACGACACCCAGCAUGCCAUCCAUAUCGUCCACCAUGAUGUCCGCAGGCUACGGCAUGUCGCAGCGUCCCCUGAUGGCGGCCCCGGGUCCCAUCGGCCACCCGCCCAAUGCCGGCAUGAGCCCCAACGGCAACGCUGUCGGCCCACAGGAAUGGGAAUGGCUCACGAUGAGUCUGUAA